AUGGUAUUCAGACACAAAGUAAAGGAACCAGUUACUGGGGUUCCACCUGAUAUCGAUUCUCCGCCUUUCUAUAUUCCCGUGAAGUCUAUAUCCAGGCGGUUCUCGCUGAUGCAAGAACUCGGGACAGGGAGCUUUGGAUCUGUGAUAUUGGCGAAAAUACACCAGAGUGCGUUGACCGAUAAGAAGCCACAGUACCACAACACGCUCCUGGACGAAGCGACGAUUCCGUUCUUCGAACAAGAAAACUUCUACAACAAGCAGCAGGGCCUGCUAGCGAUCAAGACCAUGAUGACAAGGUUGCCCACCUUGAACGACUACACGCGGGUUCGAGAAAUCAAAUUUAUCCUGUCCAUGCCGGCUCACAAAAACCUACUGCAGAUCUUCGAGCUUUUCAUCGAUGACACAAAUUUCCAACUCCAUAUCGUCAUGGAAUGCAUGGAACAAAACCUGUACCAGCUCAUGCGCCAGAGAAGAAAACGCGUUUUCUCGUUGCCAUCGCUCAAAUCUGUUCUCUCUCAAAUUUUGGCAGGCAUCAAACACAUUCAUUCUCACAACUUCUUCCAUCGGGAUGUCAAGCCCGAAAACAUCUUAAUCUCACCUUCUAAUCAUUUCUACACUAAGGGUUGGCUGGUGGAUGGGAACUACAAUGACAACUACGUGGUCAAAAUUGCCGACUACGGGCUCGCACGUCAUGUCGGUAACAAGAGCCCCUACACGGCAUACGUUUCGACGCGCUGGUACCGGUCACCAGAAAUCUUGCUCAGAAAAGGAUUUUAUUCAAAACCAUUGGACAUAUGGGCGUUUGGUUGUGUCGCAGUCGAAGUAGCCACUUUCAAGCCGUUGUUCCCGGGGUCUGACGAAAUGGAUCAAAUCUGGAAGAUCUUGGAAGUUCUGGGAACUCCGCACACUAUGCCCGAGACUCUGGUCAGCGGUUACCAGUCGCACGGCGGUAAUUGGGAACAGGCCAAAGUACUAGCGGCGCGCCUGAAUCUGAAAUUUCCUUACGUUGAAGGCAUAGACAUCGAAUCUAUCAUGGAGCACCCCCAUCUCAGUAGUCUACGAAGUGUUGUUAAGGCCUGUUUGACAUGGGAUCCUAAAUCUAGGGCCACGGCUGACGAAUUGAGUCAAAUGCCUUAUUUCCAAGGGACCCCUGUCGCGGAACAGGCGCCUUUGGUUGAGUGUAGUAACGACGAAAAUCACGAACAAACCACUUGCGACCACAGCAGCGCACUAGCACAACAGCAGCUAACUAAAAAGCUCCGCGACAGCAUGAGCCUAGCGCCAACUGAUAUUAUUAACAACGCCGCAGGUGAGUCGUCCAAGGUCUCGCUCCACGAAUUCUUGCAAGAGGCACGUCCAACCAACGAGCUCUUGGGAUCAAAGCGGGUCUCCGACUCCACAUCUCUAAACGAGGACGGCAAAUCACAGUCACACGCCAGCGGAUCGUCGGACGAGGGCUCAGACCGCCACAACAUCGCCGUGGAUUUCGACGAACCCGAGCCAGAGGGCGACUUCGACAUCCCCGCGUCCAAAGAGCUCAUAGCCGAUCUCACACAGACCUCGCUGCAGUUGCCCGGGAUCGACGAUUGCUCAGAGAGCAGUUCGUGUCCACCGGACGCGGACGACAGCUUUUCGAAUUACUACGUAGCGUCCACCAUGAACUUCGAAGCGACCGGAGCGGCCGCCGGCGCCAGCCUUAGAGCCAACGACUCCAAUAACUAUGUGCACGACGCCCCCGCUCGCUCCGACGAAAUCCCGCUCAUUAACCGUCACAACCACAUCUUGGAAGACAUGUCCAUGGGCUCCGACAACUCGCAGAAUCACGUGCCUCGCGUUUACGCGAUGGCACGUGACCCGACUGAAUUUUCUACGCCCAUCAAAGAACACGACUACUCCCAAAGCUUUACGCACGCAGGAAGUCUAACCUUUUGA